GAAAUAACGCAUAAAGAAAAAACAAAUUGGUCUUUGAGUAAAAAGAAAAGGUAUAGUAGAGUAGAGAGAUUUGAGAGAGUAGAGUAGAGACAGAGUAGCUCCCCAACUCCAAUUUCAAUACACUGGGCUCCACUCAUCUCUCCUCAAUUCUUGCUUCUUCUUCUUUGCCUCUUUAUCACUCUGCCUUGCCUUCUUCUUCUUCUUCCUCCAUGGCCGAGUCACAUUGAAACUACACAGACCCUUUCACACCUUUCUUCUUUGUUUGUCUCACUCUCCUCUUUGGCUUACUUCCUCUUCCUUACAACACUUUUAUACCAAGUAAAUUCCUCACUGAGCUUCACACUAUUAAACACGUCUACUCUCAGUUCUGAGCUCUGUUUUUUCUCCUGUUAAAAAUCAAGCCUUUGUUACAUAAUCUUUCUGGGUUUUUUUGUUUACUUUGAGUUUCUUCCAUUUGGCUACCCAACAAAAGAGUAAAGUUUCUAGCUUUUUGGUACUUGCUCUCACUCUCUCUCUCUCUCUCACAAAACCCUAAUUUCAUUCUCUUUAUCCAAUUCUAAGUUUUGCUCUGCUCAACUUGCAUUUUCUGCUUCUGUAUUCUCGUUUUCUUUCAUAUUAUCAAGCCGAUUGUGUUGGGGUUCAUAUCCAAGUAUCAAGCUUGAGAAGUAACAGAAACAGUUCCUGAUCUUGUCCCGUCCCCUUGGUAUUGCAAUGGGAGACAAUGGUGGAUCUGCUCAUAGCUCUAUGUUCGGUGAUCUAUCAACAGAAGAGGUAACAAGCAAGAUUAUUCUCACAGCUAUUAUUGUUCUGUUCAUGGCCGUUCUUUUCGUCCUUAUCCUCCAUCUUUACGCCAAACUCUACUGGUGGAGAAUAGAUCAGCUCCAACAACAGCAGCAGCAGCAACAACAACAAGAGCAAGACCAAGAACAAGAAGAAGACCAAUCAUCCACUGCUCCGCCUCUAAUCACUCGCCGCCAGAGACGCCGUUUCAUCUUCGUCCCAGGCCAAGAUGCUCUAUCCAACACUGGACUUACCCCUUUUGAACUCACUUCCUUACCAAUUGUCUUUUUCAGACAAGAUAGUUGCAAAGAUGGCUUGGAAUGCUCUAUUUGCUUGUCUGAGCUUGUCAAAGGGGACAAAGCAAGGCUGCUUCCAAAGUGUAACCACAGCUUCCAUGUUGAGUGUAUUGAUAUGUGGUUUCAGUCUCACUCAACUUGUCCCAUCUGUCGAAACACGGUUCUUGGUCCUGAGCAACCUAGCUCAAAGAGAGUUGAACAUGUUCCGGAAAAUGUAGAUCAUGUUGGUGGUACCAAUAGCAACCAUGAUACUUUGUCCCAAAUUUCAACUUCUCCGGAAUUCCCCACCAAUGUCUUGGUAUGGGGUCGCCAAGAUCAGGUUAGUACCGGAAACACCAAUGGUGGGCCUCAAGAAGACGGUGCUGGUAAUGCUGCUUCUCAGAGCCAAGAAACUGUUGUUCUGGAUAUCAAUGAUUCUUCCGUUAGAAGUCAAAAUGUAUCAUCUUCGUCGUCAUCAGUGAGGUACAUUGUUGAGGAGGAAGAACCAAAAUCUCCAAUGACAACAAGGUUGAGGUCCUUAAGGAGGUUUCUGAGCAGAGACAAGAGAGUGGCUUGUAGCAAUAGUAGUACUAGUAGUAGCAGCGCCAAUGCUGCUACUUCUGUUGAUCCUUGAAGUUUGUUAUUAUUAGCUGAAGUAAGAUUGCCUGAAGAUUUCAAACUGUGAAUUGGUCUCGGCUCUUUAUUGGCUGUGUUUGAGAGCUUUCAUUGUAAUCCAAGUAAAUCAUUUUAUCUAUUCCAUCGGGAAAUUGAACUUUUAAAACUUUUGUUAA